CUGUUUCCGGUCAGGAAGACUGUCAAAAUAUGAGGUAGCAACAUGCGGCUAUUUGUAGUUUAGCAAUAAAGUUGCUUUGAUAAAUAAGAGUUUGAAAGCUUUUAUUUUAUUUUUUUCGUGUAUUUGAUUCCCACAUCCUCUCGUCAAACUUCAACUUGGAAACGUUGGUGCGAAAACCUAACCUCACUCAGAAUGCCGAUCCUGUGCAGCAGCUGCUCUGAGAAACGGGCCGUGCUGAAACGUCCAAAAACCGGCCAUUCCCUGUGUAAGGAGUGCUUYUUUUGGGCGUUUGAGGAGGAGGUACAUCAGACCAUCGUGGCAGCAGAGCUUUUCAAACCUAAAGAGGUUGUAGGCAUCGCAGCCUCGGGAGGAAAGGACUCCACGGUGCUCGCACACGUUAUGAAGCUCCUCAACGAGCGAUACAACUACGGCCUSCAGCUCAUGCUCAUCUCUGUGGAUGAAGGGAUCACCGGCUACCGAGACGACUCCUUGGAGACUGUGAAGAGAAACCAGCAGCAGUACGAGCUGCCGCUAAAGAUCGUGUCGUACGAGGAGCUCUAUGGCUGGACUAUGGAUGCUAUAGUGAAGCAGGUGGGGCUGAAAAAUAACUGCACGUUCUGCGGUGUGUUCAGGAGACAGGCGCUGGACAGAGGAGCCAUCAUGCUGAAAGUGGAUAAGAUCUGUACAGGUCACAACGCUGACGACGUGGCGGAGACGGUGUUGAUGAACGUGUUGCGUGGAGACAUAGCUCGUCUCCGUCGCUGCACCACCAUCUCCACAGCCAGCGAGGGCGACGGUGUUGUACCGCGGUGCAAACCCCUCAAAUACGCCUAUGAGAAAGAGAUYGUUUURUAYGCUUAUUUUAAAAAACUAGACUACUUUUCCACCGAGUGUAUCUACUCCCCCAAUGCUUAUCGCGGCCAUGCAAGGACCUUUCUCAAGGACCUGGAGAGUAUACGGCCUAGCUCCAUCGUGGAUAUCAUCCACUCCGGUGAGAACCUGUCUGUGCGCGAGGGGGUGAAGAUGCCCGUCCAGGGAACCUGCACUCGCUGCGGCUACAUCUCCAGCCAGGCACUGUGCAARUCCUGUGUGCUGCUGGAGGGGCUGAACCGAGGUCUGCCCAAGCUGGGUAUAGGCAAGCACCACCGUCUGCACGAAAAACUCCUCUCCCAGCAACCUCUUACUGACAACGAGGAGAGAAAGCUGAAAUCUGUGGACUUUUGACAACUAUUAAUUUAAUAUUUAGGCUAUAGAAUCAAGUUUAGAUUAAAAGGGUAAAGAUCAGACUUUUGGUAAUGCAGACAAAUCUUUUAAGACAAGUUAAACAUCUUCCCAACGUCAUGCACAAUCUGUAGUAGUCAGUUACAGCUAUUACAAUAAAUGAAAUACUUUGUGUGAGGGUUUAAAAUUCACAUUUGUUGUCUGGUGCUGUUAAAUAUUUACAGAAAUAAAGAUAGUAAUGUUAAAUCAGUUAGACAUACAUUUUUAUGCAUUUAAGUGAAUAUAAAUUUACAAUAAAACAUUUUACAUGUU